AGUUGGGUGGUGAAAGCUGAAGCCUUUUUCUACGUGAUAAAAGUUCAACUUCCACACCCUUUUCAUUUUACCAUCACCAGGACAAAUCUCUGCAUCAUAUCAGCAUCCACAACUUGGGACUCUCAAGAUGGCUUUGAUAUCGGAGUUCCUUGGACAGCUAUCUCUCAAUAUUUCGGCAGAUGAACCCAAGUACCCCAGUCUGUUACCUGCUUUGGACUUUGACCCUGACAGAGAUGCUGCCAGAAUUGAAACUGCUAUCAAAACCAAAGGCGUGGAUGAACAGACCAUCAUUGAUGUCCUAACAAAGCGGACUUAUUCCCAGAGGAGAGAAAUAGCUUUUGCAUAUGAAAGGAGAGCAAAGAAGGAUAUGAUCUCAGCUCUGAAGGGAGCGCUGUCUGGCUCACUGGAAACGGUGAUCCUUGGACUGAUGAAGAGCACAGCCCAGUUUGAUGCCACAGAGAUCAGAGGAUCUAUCAAGGGCUUGGGAACAGAUGAGGAAACUUUGAUUGAGAUUUUGUGCUCACGCAGCAAUGAUGAGCUGGUGGAAAUCAAAAAAGUCUACAAAGAGUUGUUCAAGAAGGAAUUGGAGAAAGAUGUGUCUGGUGAUACCUCUGGGAACUUUGCUAAGCUGCUCUUGGCUCUAGUGCAGACGAAGAGAGCUGAACCAUCUGCUAUUGUUGAUUAUGAGCAGAUAGAUGAAGAUGCCAGAGCUCUCUAUGAUGCCGGCGUGAAGAUAAAAGGAACUGACGUGCCCACUUGGAUCUCCAUUAUGUCUGAGAGAAGUGUCCCUCACCUGCAGAAAGUGUUUCAGAAGUACAAGAGUUACAGCCCCUACGACAUGCAGGAGAGCAUUGUGAAGGAAGUUAAGGGAGACUUGCAAAUGUCCUUCUUGGUGCUAGUUCAGUGCUUUGAAAACAAACAGUUGUUCUUCGCCAAAAGACUGAAUGAAGCCAUGAAGAGUAAAGGAGCCAAAGAGAAGAUAGUGACCAGGAUUAUUGUGUCACGUUGUGAAGUGGACCUGAAAAAGAUCGCUUCUGAAUACAAGAAGGCCUUUGGACAGUCACUGCAGCAGACUAUUGCAGAACAUACCAAGGGAGACUACCAAAAGGCUCUACUCAGCCUCUGUGGACCAGAGGAGUAAAAUUUAAUCAUUACCAAAUAAAUCUCACUCUCUACCACAAGAAAGUUUUACUAGGAAUUUUGGUCUCAUGCAUGUCAUCCUGGAGCAGUUUUCUGCAAUGAUAGCAUGUUACUGGACAUAUGAGUGCAACAUCAAAGGAAUAAGUUUAAUUUUUGUAAUGCAUGACAAUAAGCAUUACAUUUUCUGUCUGUUACACCGUUCUUCUUCUUGCCUCCUUAGUAUUGUCUUAGAUGCUGUUCUUGUGAAUAACCACCAGAGGGCGAUAAAGUUUUAUGCAAACAUAAGCGCCUCAAAUGUGAUACCUGAUUAAGAAACGCCGAGAUUUUACAAUUUAAAAAAUAAAGGCAUAUUUGAUCAUAAA